AUGCAUUGUCUCAUGCCUGCAAGUGACACAAGAGUCCAACCAACUGCAAUCUUCUGUAUGUUCCAGGUCAAGUGUCUGCUGCUAUUGAUGUUGGGGUUUGCCUUUCUGAGGGAAGCAGCAGCUAGAAAAAACCCCAAAGCAAUGGCUCCUGUCCUCCAGAAGCCUGGGAACUGCCCUCCUCUGGAGGACAACAGUGUGAAGGUUGACAUUCGCAUCCUCAAUCAAAACCAGGGCAUUGCCAUUUCACAUGACUUUCAGAACCGCUCCAUCUCCCCAUGGGAUUACAACAUCACCAGGGACCCCCACCGGUUCCCCUCUGAGAUUGCAGAGGCCCAGUGCAGACACUUGGGCUGCAUCAAUGCCCAGGGUCAGGAAGAUAACUCCAUGAACUCGGUUGCCAUCCAGCAAGAGAUCCUGGUCCUUCGAAGGGAGCCUCAGGACUGCUCUCAUUCCUUCCGGCUGGAGAAAGUGCGGGUGACUGUUGGUUGCACCUGUGUCACCCCCAUCGUCCACCACGUGGCCUGA